AUGGCCUUUCUCGCAGGGGUCCUCCCUCUCCUACUAGCAACCGCAACCAUCCUCACCAUUCCCCUCUCAUCAACGUUAUCACUUCUAAUUCUCACCCCCCUAGCCCUAGCAGACUGCGAAUGCGGCUACCUCUCCACCAUAGGCGAGCUCCUCCCCAACUCCCACGCCCCUUCUCAUCAACAACACCAUGCCCUCUUUACCGACCUCAUCGAGUCCGACUUCACAAAAUUAGUCCCCGAGGGCGAGGGAGAAGCCACCAUAGCAGCCAACACGGACUGGGUUCGUCAAGAAUUCAACCUGAGCGAUCAAAGGGCAAGGGGAAAAUACGGAGAGAUGUUUGCCGUGGAGAAUGUGGACGCUGCCGGGAAAGAGGAGGAGGAUAAAGGGCUGAAGUUGGUGGUGAGGGCGAGUGUGGUAGAGGAUAUGGUGCCUGUGGCAGAGAUUGAUACGAGGAGGUUGGACAUGUACUGGGGCACGUUUAGGGCUUCGAUGAAAAUGACGAAGGAGAGGGGGACUUGUUCGGCCUUUUUUUGGUAUUUCAACGACACGCAAGAAAUCGACAUGGAGUUUUUGUCCAAGGACUUUGACAAGAGCAACGAUAGCUAUCCGGUUAAUCUGGUUUUGCAGUCGAGGGAGGCGGUGUUGAAUGGGUAUGAUUCUGCGGCGACGUCGAACUUUGUCAAGGCUUAUUUACCGUUUGAUCCGACGGAAGGGUUUCAUGAGUAUAGGAUUGAUUAUUUACCUGGGAGGGUGUAUUUUUAUGUGGAUGGGGGGUUGUUAGGGAAGAUUGAGGGGGAGGCGGUGCCGAGCUCGGCGGGGCAUUUGAUUUUGCAGCAUUGGAGUAAUGGGAAUGGGUUGUGGAGUGGGGGGCCGCCGGGGAGGGAUGCUGGGUUUGUGGUGAGAUAUGUCAAGGCGUAUUUUAAUAGUUCGAGGGAGGAGAGGCAGAGGGAUUGGGAGAAUAGGUGUAGGUAUCCUGGUGCGGAGGGGGCGGUUUGUAUGGUGCCGGAUGUGUUGCCCACUAAUGGGACGGCGGGGGAGUGGUUUUUUAUGGAGAGGGGGAACAUGACUAAUAAUCAGACUGUCUGGAGGAGUGAAGGGGGGAGGGGGGAGGGGAGGAAAAGGCUGUCGGGGUGGGUAGUGUUGGGAGUGGUGGUUUGGUUUAUGCUUUAG